GGAAGCAACCAAAGGUGUUCCUUGGUUCCCAUAUAUCUCUGUUCAGUUAGGACGGACGGAGCACAUCCAUUACUCACCAAGAAAUACCUCAUCAAAUUCAGUCAGGACGGACGGUGCACAUCCAUUUCUUACCAAGGAAUGCCUCAUCAAAGGGAGAGAGCAAGCAAGUGGAGGUCUGUGCUCCCGUCUUCCUUUGUUUUACUACUCCCCUUCCUCAUCAACCUUGUGUGCCCCGGCUGGAAAUUCACGGAUGCAGGAGACACACUCCUUCCUGGGCAAUCUCUAAAUGCUACCCAGAUCCUGCUCUCAAACAAUGGUGUCUUCAAGUUGGGUUUCAACUGCUCAUUCUCGAAAUAUAAUUUUUACCGGGCCCGGUAUUGUGGUUUUGGCACCUGGUUCACUAACUCAUCGUCGUCCCAUGAUGAUUGUUCGCUGGUUUGGCAACCUGAUCUGCAAUAUGUUUUUCGUUGUGAGUCAUCAUCAGUUACCCUAUCAGAGAAAGGAAAACUACAUAUCACCGAUGGCGUUGGCAAUGUCCUUUGGAUCUCAGAUUACACGACAACAACUUCUAUCUCUGCCAUUGCAGUGCUUCUUGAUAAUGGAAAUCUUGUAUUAAGAGACCAAGCAAACAGUUCCCAGGUGCUUUGGCAGAGUUUUGAUUACCCAGCUCCUAUACUGCUCCCUAGGAUGCGCCUAGGGUCGAAUGCAAUCAUCGGCAAGAGCAUGGUCCUUCUUUCUUAUCCUAGUCUUUAUAGUGACUAUGCUAGUGACAUUACAAAUUUUACUCUGAGAGUGGAUGCAACAAGAAGGCGAGGUUUUAUUAUUCAGCAGUUUCCUUUUGGUACAGUGUUUGCUGGUACUUUUCCUAGCUGGAUAGUUCGUGAAGAUGGAGACUCUGUUCUGACACUAAAUGACGCACAUACAUACAUGCGUUUAAAUGGCUCUGGAUUUGUUGAAUUUGGUAAGCAAGAGACACGCAGUUCUAUUUUGUGGUCUGCUCCAGACAGUUUAUGCGACUUUGAGUCAAACUGUGGACCUUAUGGUAUCUGCAAAAGGCCAGGCUUCUGCAUAUGCCCUGCCGGUUUUGAUCCAUUAAGCACAAAAUCAAGGAAUUGUCUUGGCUGUUCGAGGGAGGUUCCUAUGAAUUGUGAAAGAGACAAUUCAACCCAUCGGGAAGUGGUGUUUUAUCCAAUAGAUGGCGUCUACAAGUUCCCCAAGAGUUCUUGGCCCUCUGAUGCCAGAACUACGAAAGAGUGUGAAGCAUCUUGCUUAAAGGACUGCACCUGUACUGCCUUUGCUUACAAUGUGACAUGCCUGUUAUGGUUUUGGGAUUUACUGAACACAGUAGUGCUUGACUCUGGUUCAAAUGGCAACCGUUUGUACAUACGUGUUGCCACCAAACAACAACAGGAAAAUUCGGGUUUCAGAGCUGCUCCUCUGUUUCUAACGGCAAUGGCCGCGUUAGUCAUCAUUGUUAUUAUCAGCGGUCUGGCUGUUUUGUGGAGAUGCAGAACAAAGUUAUUCAGAGCAAGAAGUGUGUAUGAAAACGGAAGCCUUGUGGUUUUCUCAUGUGCACAAAUAAAGAACUCAACAAAAAAAUUCUCUGAAAAACUCGGAGAAGGUGGUUUCGGCUGUGUUUUCAAGGGGACAUUGCCAGGUUCUGCUGCAGUGGCCGUCAAAAGGCUAAAAUGCCUUGGACAAGGAGAGAAGCAGUUUCGAGCAGAGGUGCAGACCAUUGGGAUGAUUCAACACAACAAUCUUGUUCGGCUACUUGGAUUCUGUGCUGAUAGCAGUAGCAGGUUAUUGGUGUAUGAGUACAUGGAAAAAGGUUCUUUAAACUCACAUCUCUUCCGUAAGGAUUCUGCAAAACUGAGCUGGGAACUGCGGUACCAUAUAGCACUCGGAACAGCAAGAGGCCUGGCUUAUCUGCACGAGGAGUGCAAGGAUUGCAUUAUACACUGCGACAUGAAGCCGGACAAUGUACUUCUUGAUGCACAGUUCUGUCCUAAGAUUGCCGACUUUGGUAUGGCGAAGCUUCUUGGUCGAGAUUUCAGUAGGGCCCUGACAACAAUGAGAGGGACCAUCGGAUAUCUUGCACCGGAGUGGAUCUCAGGGCUGCCGAUCACACAUAAGGCUGACGUCUACAGCUAUGGAAUGAUGCUUUUUGAAAUCAUAUCAGGGCGAAGAAAUGCGGAGAAAAUCAAAGAAGGGAACUUUACUUACUUUCCCAUCUUUGCUGCAGUCAAGCUGCAUGAAGGGGAUGUUAUGUGCCUGUUGGAUAGAAGGUUGGAAGGCGAUGCGGAUGUGGAGCAGCUGAGGAGAGCUUGCAGAAUUGCAUGUUGGUGCAUUCAAGAUGCUGAAGAUCAUAGGCCAAUGAUGGGGCAAGUUGUUCAGAUGCUAGAAGGUGUUCUGGAUGUUGAAGUACCUCCCAUUCCAAGGUCACUGCAGAAUUUUGUGGGCAUGGAGGAUUGAUUGCACUUGCUCUACAGGCAUGUACUGUCUCUGAAAUACUAAAAGAGCUAUCAUUAUAUGUCAAGAAUUAAGUGUUCAAAGUUAUGUGUGUUUUAUAUUCUCUAAACUACGUUAUCCCCUUAUCUGCUAAGGUUCUGAACUGAAUUUGCUAUCAUUAUAGACUUGUGAUAUUGUGCCUUCACUUGUUUCUCUGUUGGCAUGAUGGCUUGUCUGUUCGACAAUCAGAACUGUAAAUCUUUAUGUAUUUAUACGAAUUGAGUUCAAGAUAUCAUGUGAAUGAAUUCUAGUAGAUGUACUUACU